AUCUGCAGGGACUCACAGCGACUACCCAGCCGACGUUAAAUCCGGUGUUUUGCGAACGGAGUCCGGUGAGCCGCCCGCGUAUCGAGGUUAGAUCCAGCUGUUGCACUUGCGCGCAUCGUUACCUUUAAGAUGCUCCGGGGAUAAAGCCUUGUUUUACUAAACCCGACACCAUUUUAGCAGCUAACAGUUCGGCGCGGCAGGCAGAAGACGGUCCAGAUCGGUGGCCCCGAGUGUGUUUCCCAUCAGCAGCGGAGGGUUUUUCUUUCUACGGAGCGAAGCGUUGGAAUUAACGGCCGAGCUGAUUCCAUAAAUGUCGGAUUUCAUUAUUUGUCGGCCUACCGAGAAGUGGCGGCGGCGGCGGGGGCGAGAGGGACGCCGCGGCGGGAGACGAGCCGAGACCGGGUCCGCUAGGAGGGAGCACACACCGAAUACUUUCCCUUUAAAGCGGAGAGGGACAGAGGGGGUGAAGAAGAGAUAAAAAAAGAAAAGGAAGAAAGGCGGAGAGGGAGGGAGGGCGUGAGAGGGAGCCAAUUUAAAAAAAAGAGAAAGAUGUCAUCCCGUCGAUGGAAACGCCGAGGCGGAGCCGUGGACAGCGGCCGACCGGGAGCGCUCUAGAGUGGGGACGGGCCGUACGCAACGCCGAGGCUUGGAUCUCGACCCUGCGGCCUUUUCGGAGCUAUCGCAAAUAAAAGCGUCCUGAAGUGCUGCUUCUCCUCUUCUGCAUUAAAUAAUCUCUAUUUUGCAUGCGGGUUUUAUUACAGUAGACAAAUUAACAUUAAAAGGUACCAUUAAACCAUCAAGCAUGAUUCCGACCAUUCUGUCGCAUUUUCAGCAGCCUCCUGCGUGUUUACGCUCUCAUUAGUUCAGCAGCUAAUCUCUGGAUUUAAUAACUCAUUAACAGCUGCGACACACAGGCCGCACAUUCUGCUUUCAUAGCCGCACUUGGAGCGUCUCCUCCCGGGCUCCGUCGUCUCCUCCUUCCGCCCCUCCUGGUGCUCCUGGUUCUCCCCCAGCCUCAGGAUGGACACCUCCUGGAGCAAUUUCCUCUUUCAGACGCCGUCGGCUCAGAACCAGCCGGAGACGCAGCUUCAGUCAGAGCUGCUGCCAGAUCUGACCGGUGCCGCUCAGAGUCCUCCGGCUGAACACAUCGUAGCGCCGCCGUCCACCGUCGACACCGCCGCCCUGAGUGAGGAGCCACUGCCGGUGAAACCUCUGACCAAGCCGACCCGUCCAGCCCACAUCUGCGCCACCUGCAACAAGGAGUUCAAGAACAGCUACAACCUGCGGCGGCACCAGUCGGUCCACACCGGCAUCAAGAUGAAGGACCGGGCGGCGCGGGAGAAGGAGGACGGGUCGAAGGUGGCUCGUCUGGAGAAGCAGACGGUGCCGCUGUCCCUCCUCCACCUCACCCUCCCACCGCAGCCUCCCCCACAGCCCACUGCCGACGUCGCCGCCCUCCCCCUCCCCCAGCCGGGUCAGCUGACCAACCAGGAGGGCCAGCCGGUGUCCGUGUCCAUCGCCCCGGCAACCGUCACCAUGGCUGCGCCGCCUCAGCCCAUCCAGGCGGCCGUUGUCGUCGUUGGGUCCAUGGAGCAGAAUCCAAACCCCGCCCCCAUCGCCAACACCAACCAGGUGAGGAAGAACCACGCCUGCGAGGCCUGUGGGAAGGCCUUCAGAGACGUCUACCACCUGAACCGACAUCGGCUGUCGCACUCGGACGAGAAGCCCUACUCCUGCCCCAUCUGCCAGCAGCGCUUCAAGAGGAAAGACCGGAUGAGCUACCACGUCCGCUCGCACCAGGGUGGCGUCGAGAAGCCCUACGUCUGCCCGCACUGUGCCAAGGCCUUCUCCAGACCGGAUCACCUGAACAGUCACGUCCGACAGGUUCACUCCACAGAGAGACCCUUCAAGUGCACAACGUGCACGUCAGCUUUCGCCACUCGGGAUCGUCUUCGAGCUCACCUGAUUCGCCACGAGGAGAAGGUUCCGUGUCACAUCUGCGGGAAGCUGCUGUCAGCCGCUUACAUCACCGACCACAUGAGAGUCCACAACCAAUCACAGCACCACGCCUGCCACCUCUGCAACCGCAGCUUCACCACGCUCACCUACCUGCGGGUCCACGCCCAGAAGCACCACGGUCAGGAGUGGAAGGAGAGCGGUGGGGCUCGGGGCGGGUUCGGCGGGACCGGUGCCGGCGGCGUGCUGCUCUGUCAGCUCUGCGGCGUCCAGUGUAAGACGGCCACGCAGCUGCAGGGUCACAUGGGCACCCACGCCAACCAGGGCGACCCGGGGCCCGACCCGACUAGCGCCGGGCCCGUCGGCACCACCAGCGUGGCCGUCACUGUGUCCAGCGCCAGCACAGUGGGACUGCUGGUUACUGACUGCUCCAGUAUUGCCCCCCAGCCACACAGCUAGCUGGGAGGGUCGGGGAUCCGGGGAGGGACGGGUGGGACCAGGAGGGACCAGGGAGACAACAAAAAGACGUGGAGGACGGAACUGAGCAGCUGGUCCAGAUAUUUUGUGCCACAGCUGGACCUCGGUCAGGAGAAGCCGCCUGGACGUUUGGUUUCAUGUUUUGUUCUGAUCAACAGACUUUCUGUAUAAACUGUACGAGUUGAGGAGGGACGAUGACGAAACCUCCGUUUGUUCCUGAAGGAGGGAAAUUAAUGUGUAUUUUUAUUAUUCUUCUGGCUUAGCGACUAGCUGUCAUCAUUUCAUGGUUUUUAUUUCCAGCACAGCCGCUCAUGAUUUUGUAAAGCUGUUUUUAUAUCCCAUGAUAUCCGUGUUUGUUUCUGACAAGAACCUCAGUGACUUACAGUGAAUAUAAAUGCUUUUUACUCCCCUGGAAGUUUUUCACUUUUAUUGCUUUUCAACUUGGAAUUUGUCAAUUUAAUUUGUCUUUACUGACAAGAAUUUAUAUUAAAAAAAAGAUUCUUUCAUGUCAAAAUGACAACAGGCUUCUACAAAGUAAUGUCAGUUAAUUAAAAAUAUAAAAUAUGUGAUGAUGCCACCACCGUGCUUUACAUCAUGAUGCUGCCACCACCAUGCAUCAGAGUGUGUUUUCACAUUUACAUGACAACGUUUUUAUUGUAAAAUCUUGUCAAGAAAGCCAAAAUAAACUGACAAUGAUCCAAUGUUAGAAACCAAUAAAAUGGGAAAACUUCCAGGAGGAUUAAUACUUUAUAUUGCCACUUAAUAUCAGAUUCUUCUCUAAUUUAUUUCCAAACAGCGUAAGGUUUGUCGGAUCCUUCACAGGACGACAGAGAGUGUUUCUGAUGGGCCAUCGUGUACAUACACUUUUAUAAAGCUGACGAAGAACUAGUUUGUAUAUAUUCCCCAUGAACAUUGAAUGUGCAUAAUUAUGCUUCAUAUGAUCUCUGUUCUUACUCUGGAUGCUGAUUUGUAACUUUAAAAAUUGCCAUGUAAUUUGUAGCUACCUUGGUGACACAUUUUCUGUGGCUGUGCAUAUUGAUUGUACUUGAUGCAUAGUGCAUAGCGCCUCGUUACUGUAUUAAAAGGCAGUAAAAUGCA